UCUGCGAGAGAGUAAAUGAACCGCAUACUCCCGAGGGAGUAUAAUAUAACGCUCGCCAAUACUCUGCGUCUAUUCCCUUUCUGGACUCGUGCUGCUCUCAAGUCUCUGAGCGAAAUGUUGCCUUACGCUUCUUCUGCGCUGCGAUUUUGCAGGUGCAGAUGCCCUUCUUCUUCUUCUUCUUCUUUCUGUUUCCCCUCUCAUCCAUGGCUCUCAUCACCUGCUUCCCUUGGCGUUUGGAGGGGCUUCUCAGGCAUCCCCUUCUCACGCCACCGCUUCACUCCUCUAAUGGCCGCUGCUCCCCUUAGACUAAGAGAGAGCAUGGAGGAACCGCAAUUUGAGACCCCUAGAGAGGGACCGGAGAUACCAGUAUCUAGGGAGAAAAUGGAAAGAUCUGACUUCUUUGCGGAAGGGGCCUCCUGGAAGUCUCUUGGUAUUUCUGACCGGCUUUCCCGUUCUCUUUCAGCCACCGGUCUUCGAAACCCAUCAAUUAUUCAGGCCGCAUGCAUACCAUCGAUUCUUUCAGGAAAUGAUAUUGUAGUCGCAGCUGAGACUGGAAGCGGCAAAACACAUGGCUAUUUGGUUCCAUUGAUUGACAACUUGUGCACAAAUGCUGAUGUAGUGGAAGAUAAAAAUCACAAUCAAUCUUUUCCGAUGCCUCUCAAAUUUUCUCUUGUGCUGUGCCCAAAUGUGAUGUUGUGCGAGCAAGUUGUUAGAAUGGCUAAAUGUCUUUGCAACUCUGAUGGUGAACCACUUCUGAGCAUAUCAGCUGUGUGCGGGCGGCAGGGGUGGCCAAUGAGACAACCCGAUAUACUUGUUUCAACACCAGCUGCCCUUCUGAAUAACCUUUUUGCAUUUGACCCAAGAAAGAGAAGACGAUCUGCUUUUCUACGGGAUGUGAAAUCUGUGGUAUUUGAUGAAGCUGAUCUGUUGUUAUGUGGGAGUUUCCAGAAUCAAGUUGUUCAGCUCAUAAAUAUGUUCCGGUUUGAGGAGAAAAAACUGUCAAAAUUGGGACAUUCUAUGUUUGAUAGCCCAGCUAAGGAGAUGGUCAAAUCUUGGGUGGACUUCAAGCCUGAAGAGGAAAUGGAGCUCGAGCCAGUUGCAACUGUUGAGGAGGAUGAUGAGAGUGAUCUUCCCCUUGAAGAUUUUGACAAGGAGGAUAAUGCUGAAGGAAAUAAAGAGAAUGAUUGGAAGCGAGUUCGAAAAACCUAUAUGCGUAGUAAGCAAUACAUUUUUGUGGCUGCUACCCUUCCUGAAAGUGGCAAGAGAACUGCUGGUGGAAUAUUGAAACGCAUGUUCCCUGGGGCAACUUGGUGCAGUGGAAAUUUCCUCCAUCGUCACAACCCCCGGUUAAAUCAAAAGUGGACAGAAGUGACAACGGACACACAGGUUGAUGCACUCAUUGAUGCAGUGAAAGGAGGUGUCGAUUCCAGUAAUGGUGUAAGUUGGACCAUGGUGUUUGCAAAUACUGUAGAUGCUGUCGAAUCAGUGGCUAAAAUAUUGUUGAAAGUUGGCAUUGAAUGCAUUUCUUACCAUAGUGAUAGUUCUCUGGAGGAGCGUAUGAAGAAUUUGACUGAUUUCAAAGAAAGGGGUGGGGUACUUGUUUGUAGUGAUGCUGCUGCACGUGGACUUGACAUCCCAAAUGUUUCUCAUGUUAUUCAGGCAGAGUUUGCAACAUCAGCAGUAGAUUUUUUGCAUAGGAUUGGUCGUACAGCAAGAGCUGGUCAUUCAGGACUUGUCACAAGCUUGUACACUGAAUCCAAUAGAGAUCUUGUUGCUACUGUAAGGCAGGCUCAAAAAGCGGGACAGCCUCUGGAGAAUGCCUUCAGUAGGAAAAGAAGCUUCCGAAAUAAGCUUAAAAAGAAAGCUUCACUUGUUGCUACCUAACAUCCAUAGGUGAUUAUACCUAAAAUAUACUUGUAGCAUCCGUAGGUGAUCAUACCUGAAAUGUUCUCGGUUACUGCAUUUGCAUGCAGAGUCAUCCACGAUUGCAGAGAGAAAAUGUACAGUUCCAUUCGUGGAUACUACAUGGACAGGAAGCAUCUUCACUGAGAUAUCAUUGUAUGAUCUUAUGCGAAUACCCUCUUUUGUUGGUUUCAUUACAGUGGUCAGUCACAGAUUCAUUUUUGGGUGUUGAGCAAUAUUUACUGUUUUAUUGCUGAUGAGUGGAUAAAGAAUUCCUGUGUAUAUGACAAGAUUGUAAAAACCUUUUCCUACUUGUUUCUCAUGAAGUUGUGAUAAAGUUGUAUUAUAGGGAAAAUUUUGAUUCGUUGCA